UUGAUCUGACCUCAUAUCCUAUGCAGAAUAGAGUUUUUCUCCUGGGUGGAUGUCUGUUUCUCUUCCUUUGCUCAUGUAUGUUGGUGAUCUCACACUGAGAAGACAACUGUGAAAUUCUGGUUUGCCACAGGUGGAGCAGGAUUUUGUAUCAGCAGAGGUCUUGCCCUGAAGAUGAGUCCCUGGGCCAGCCUGGGUAAUUUCAUCAGCACCGCAGAACGGGUGCGUCUCCCUGAUGACUGCACCAUUGGCUACAUCAUCGAGGGGCUGCUGGAGGUGAAGCUGCUGCACAGCCCCUUGUUCCAUUCCCACCUGGAAAACCUGCAGAGACUACAAGGCGAGUCUGUGCUGCAGCAGGUAACUCUAAGUUAUGGGGAUCCUGAGAACAAACACAAUGUUGUGAGUGUGGGAGGAGUGUUUGGUCUUCAGCAAGAUCCAACCCGAUUUAAAUCUGUCCAUUGUCUGCUCUAUCCAGACACUAUCUGGUGCCCUGCUAAGAAGAUGUCAUAAUCCUUGACCAGUCGUUGACAUCUGUAUCUUACCUAGUUUGCAUAAGACACAAGUUGUGGACUUCUUUGGUUGUUUUUUUCUUCUUCUGGGAGACCACCAGAGUUAUCUACAAAGGAGGUAGACAGACUCAUUUACAAAAGCAAGAAGGUGUGGUUUGUUCAGCUGCAGCCUGGGAUAUUCUGAGAAGAAUCCUUGUUCUUUUGUCCAGUGGCUUUUCAUAUAACAGCUACAGUCACAUGUGUACAAGUCAGUUCACACUUUUGUUGAUGUCAAGUGAAUCUGUGCUUGGACACGUCCUAGGCACAUGCAGUAGGGAAUUAUAACAUUCUCGCUACUGUUAGGGGCUUUUUAGAGGCCAUUGUCUUGAAGCUGGAGUGCUAUAGCAGACUGUAGUCCCCAUGGUGACAAGAGAGGGGAAGGUUUCACUUGUCUUUCUUGGGAACAGAAUUAUUUGAGAGUUGCUGUGGCCUGCCAUAUUAAAACUCCACCUGAGGGCUGGAACAGAGUCUGUUCAUAAGCAACAGAAAUCCUGGAAUCACUAGGGUAAACAGGGCUGAAAGCCUUUGUGAUGGGAAAACUCUGGGUAAGGGUGAACUUAAUCAGGACUGGAUAGGAGUUGCUUACUGUGCACAUUCUCCCCUGUAGUCCUUGUGUACCUCCCAUGGAGGUGAUUGUCGGACUUCACUCUCUUGCCAACUGAAUUGCUGUGGUUGAUCAUUAUGGUGGUCUGCCAAGUCCUUGAUAUCUAAUAAGAGUAUUUGACAGACUAGAUGAUAUUUUCCCUGCUUUGCCCACAGUGUGCUGACUGGCUAGGAGAGCGCACCCUGUGUCUGGAGCUGUGCUGGAUCCUCUGCUGCGGGUGAGGGAGGAGCAAUGCUAGAUAGCUGUAAUGCCCUGAGGAAGUUUUUGAUGGUAUCUGUUGAGGACCUUUAGUUCUAUGACUGUGGUUACUCCACUUCAGCUUCUUCAGGUACUCUCUUGAUUACCUGAAGGUCUAGAUCAGUGUUUAUUUCUACUCUACAUCUUAAUAUUUCAAUAAAUAGUUCAUACAAUCACUAAAAGGAGACUGGACUCACACAAAGGCACAAGUUCAGUGCUGUAGCAGUAUCGUGCUGCUGCUUUUUAAAUAAAGCAAGCUUAGUUUUGAAAGUGGACAAGGCUCCAUGUUUACUUUUCUGUUAACCCAGACUUGAUGUGCAAUCCUUACCUUACAUCAAGAAGAGCAUAAAAAAUUACUUUGCAGAACCACUUUUUGCGCUCACAAACUUCAGAAAAUACUUGCUGGUUUAGUGCUAGAGUCUGAUACUGAAUUAAGGGGAGAAAAAUAGAAUGACAUUGUAUAACCUGGGACUAUGAUUAACAGCUAGAAUGCAGACCUAGCAAAACCUUCAGAUCUCUGAACAGCUGUGCUGAGCUGCACUGGGGGCUGCAGCUGGUUGCUUAACUUCCUGCCAGAUGAGAAGUGGAGCUAUGUAGGCACAUGCCUGCAGUGUGUUCACCUCAGUUCCCUGCACUCAAUUAACACAAACCUUAACACAAAUGCUGACACCAGGGUACACUGUCCUCUCUUAAUAAUUUUCAUUAAUUUCACUGAGGAGCAAACAAGCUGACUGCUACUUGCUACAUUUCUGCAUCUCAUUCUUAAACUUCUUUCCUUCAUGUCGGUCACCAGGAGGCAUGGGAGGAAGGAUGUCCCAGGGAGUUGGAUCUAGUCCAGCUGGCACAGUGGCUGUUCCAGAGGAGGUACACCUGUAGCACUGACAGGCUGCUUCAGAAAACAGGGGAAGACUUGUGGAAUAGUAGGUUGUAGUAUGUACUACCUCCUUUAUUAAUUUGCUCACUGCAACUUGGGCAUCUUAUGGCUUAAUGAUCUCUGGAGAUUCCUGGUAACUAUAGAAAUACUUUAAAAAAAAAAAAAAGCCAACUCUUAGUUCUUGUUUUCAGCCGCCUCUAGCAGCAAGUUGUGAAUUUCAUGAGCUCUUGAUGAGACUUUAGCUUCCAACACCUAUUCUGAACUCCUCUGUGGAGCUUUUCUUCCUCUUCCACUGGUAGCAGCCUCAUAAGUACCACAGACAGCAUGGACUGGGUAGUGAUUAUGUGGCAACUGCAGUUCAAAGUGACAACAUUUGGAUGGCAGCAAAACUGAGCAGCCAGUUUCACACUGUAGUUGCUGGUCACCCUAAGCUAGGUGUGCCCUAGAGGCAGCUUGCUGUAAGCUGGCAGGUUGUUCUUUAAACUGGAAAAGGACCAUGUUCUCCAGCACAGCAAUACAGAACUCUUCAAUGUGUUCAAGCUUCUUUUAAGGUCUCUUGUGUUGACAACUCAGUAGACUAUGUGGAUAUAUCAGGAUGCAGCUCUUUAAUCAAACUACUGUCUCAUAUGUAAAGUGAUUCUACAAAAUAAAUAUUUAACUAUGCUAAA